AAGGAUAUGCCCAGCAUAUCAAAGUCCUCUUCAGUGCCAUCAGAAAAACAGCAUCAUAUAUGCUGCCACACAAGUGACUCCAGGGUUGUUUCUAAGACCCGAGGGCGGGGAAUUCCCCCACCUAAAAUGACAGAAAUGUUACCAAGAAGAAAAAAUGUUGUGGCAGCGUUUUGUGGCAAUAAACAGCUGUGCAGGAAAGGCAUUCAUCUUAGAGCCAAGGAAAAGGAAGUUACCUGCCCAAGACAUGAAGACUGCACUGCAACAAUUCCUCUAGACACCACCAUUGGAGACGAAAAGAGAUGGGCUGCGGAAUGCAUUAAUGAGCUUCAUAGUAUUGGUCGUCCACUUAUCAUUUCCCAUUUCACCAGUGAUAGAGACAGUGCUGCUGCUUCUGGUGCAUCUGGAAAGCAAGGGCAUGUAAUUGAAAACCACAAAGACCUGCAUCACUUCUUUGACACUCAAAGACAGAACGACAACAAAGGCGUCGAGCUAACAUUUUCUUUUAUUGAUAUCGUUAAUUAGAAUUUCUGUACUAAUAGUCGUACAUAAAAAAAUUCAAAUCAUAUUAGAAUAAAAAUGUAAAUGAGUAAUAUUUUGUGCUGCUUUUUAAUAAAAACUCGUGUAUUUCCUUAUAAAAUAGGUAUUGAUGCAUUUGUAAUACAAUAACUCAUAACGGUUACAAAAAUUGAAGAAAUUUCAAUAUUCAAAAAUAAAUUAUUUUCUUUCUGCUUAAAACAGUCUGAAAACAAUUUUCACAGGUUCAUACUUUGAAUACGAGGUUACAACACAUGGAAUUGAACAUAUUUAAUUGUAUAAGUUACACAAAAGGAUUGGAAACAUGUUCUUGCAAUUUACAUGUUCCUCUAAUAAUACAACACAUCAUCAGUGUGUCCCUAAUUAUAAUAAUUUAGUUGAAUAAAUGGAAUAAACAUCUUGUAAUACUUUUAA